GAGGAAGAAGAAGGAAUAGUGUUCUCUUCUAUUUUGCCAAAAUGUAAAAUAAAAUGUAACACAAUGAAUGAUGCCGAUUGAUACAAAUUUAGGUGGAAUAAUAACUAAAUUGUGUAAAAACUCUUGUUCUGUACGCUAGAUAAAUAAAAUCGUCGUUUUAACAAAUAAUCCGUAAAAAGCACAGGAGUCAGGCGCGACGCGGCUUCCCCGCAGGAAAAUAAAGGGGUCCACGGUGUAGUUUCCUAACAAAGCAGGCUCCAAAAUGUCGGGAGAGGUCUAUCUCCUGUGGCUCCUGUCGCUUAUACAAACGCUGUCGGCGUACGGCGUGGAGCUGUCGUCUGAGGCGUGCAGGGAGCUGGGCUUCUCCAGCAACCUGCUGUGCAGCUCCUGUGACCUGCUGGGGGAGUUCAGCCUCACCCAGCUCCAGCCUGACUGCCGGCAGUGCUGCCAGCAGGAGGCCCAGAUGGAGGCACGCAAGCUCUACCCUGGAGCCAUCCUUGAGGUUUGUGGAUGAAAAUUGGGGAGGUUCCCCCAAGUCCAAGCUUUUGUCAAGAGUGACAAGCCGAAGAUGUUCAAGGGCCUUCAGAUCAAGUAUGUGAGAGGCUCGGACCCUGUGCUAAAGCUUUUGGACGAUAACGGGAACAUUGCUGAAGAACUCAGCAUCCUCAAGUGGAACACAGACAGCGUGGAGGAAUUCCUGAGUGAGAAAUUGGAUCGAAUAUAGGCGCUUGUGUCCAACUUUUUCAGUUUUUUUUUCUUUUCUUUUUUUAAUUCUUUGGUUAACUAUCUGCCAGUUUGUACACAGCCCAGACUUGAUAGCUGGUUGUCAAAUGACCGCUCUGUAUGACUGUUUUUGUAUCAGAGAAACCGUGAUCUUGUUGAACAUGUUUAGACUGUACCAAAUAACAUAUGCAAGAAUGUAAAGAAGGCGUAAUCACAGAAUGGCAAAUCACAAAUUAAUGAUCAACCUCAGCGAUAAAUCAUUGUUGAAAUUCCCUAAGAGUGAGAGUGUAGAAACCACCAUCACUGUUUAUCGUUUACCUGUUUUGUUUUUAUAUCUGUGGAAGUUUUUUCCCCCCCUCUCUUUGUCUGAUAUCCUUGUAUAAUUAUUUUUUUAUAAGGCUCACUUUGUCAGCGAUGGGUUUGUAGCUUGUCGUGGAUCCCAGUGGCCCUCCGGUGCGGAUGUCUCUGCCGAGACACACUUUAGUGAAGACCUCACAGGAAACCAGUUUUUGGGAUGUGAAGUCUGAUGUGUAUUGGUGUUUCUCAGCGGACUUCCGCUUUGAAGGGAAACUGGAUUCAUUUUUGAAUGCCUGUUUUUUGAGCAAGUGAAGUGGGAGCAAAUAUGCAACAAUAAAUAAACAAAAUCUUGAAUGGUU